AUGCUUCACCUUCUCCUUGGAGUUAACGAUGAUCUUAUGGCUGCUGAGGCGAAAUAUCACAAGAACUGUUAUUCGCUUUAUACUGCUAAGAAAGUCAGAGAUGACAAAGGCGAAAGCAGCAACGAAUCGCACAACGAGAACGCUUUCAAGCAGCUGGUGGAAGAACUAAGACCAGGACUGGAGCAGGGUCGGGCAUAUGACAUGGCGUCACUACUGAUCAAAUAUUGGGACUAUCUGUCAGAGAAAGGAGUGCCAGGAGAUGGCUACACGUCACAGCGGUUGAAGGAUCAUCUGAAGAGUUCCUUUGGAGAAGAAAUAACUUUCCAUCAACAGCUAGGGAAGGCCAAGCCGGAGCUGAUUUACUCGUCGAAUGUCAAACUGCAAGACGUUAUCAAUGCGUGGGCCAUCGCACAAAGUAAUCAGGUAAAUAAUAACAGUAUAACACAAAUAUGGUUUUAUGUAUGCAUAGGUAAUAGCAUGGUAUUUGGGAUAAAUACCACGAGUGAUAUUUCAAAAUUGUUACACAAAUAUGGGACAAUUUUGAAAUAUCACCAGUAGUACUUAGCCUAAAUACCACGAACAACAUAUGCUAUUAUUCGAUUAUAAUAUGUUUCAAUAAAAGCAAUGAUUUUGAAAUACCACUAUUAAGGAUAGAUUCCACUCCUCUUAGCCAAUCAAAUUGCAGAAUUUUCUUGAAUCAUAUUAUAAAUAGCGUUAUCCCACUAAUCGGCCAGGGCCACAAUCUACCAAUAAUACAAAAUCGAAAGCCGUGAGCUUCAAUGUUUGUUAUUGUCGUUAACAUUUUAGGAAGACGACGGAAAUUGUAAGCGAAUUGCAAGUCUUGCAGGAGGUAUAAGGGCCGAGAUGACAACAUGUUCUGGGAUAACAGCAAGACCACUGGAUGUGAAACAAGUUUCUCUAGAGGCUGCCCGAUAUGUCGUGCCUGACAGCCUAAACUGGUUGAUUCGCUUUCUGGUAACCGGUGAAGCUGGCAAAACAAAUCGCCCCUCUCAGUGUUCGAACACCUCAAACGAGCGUCAAAUAUUAAGUAUUUGUCAGGACAUAAUCCACUGCUCAACCAAUGGCCGGGUGAAGACUCCAAAGCAUGCGGGAUUAGCCAUUACAGUCCAUCAUUUGACAUCUUCUCGACGUCUAAUAACACUGUUGAAUAAAAUGAGGCACUGCUUCUCCUACGACGAGAUGCGGGCUAUCGACACCAGUGCUGCGCUAGAGGUGCUUGCGAAGGCUAAUGAAUUUGGAACGGUUAUCCCUUCUAACAUUUCUCCCGGUCCCUUUAUUCACCGCCCUUUAUUCGCCGCCGACAACAACGAUCUGAACGAGGAGACGUUAGAUGGCAAAAAUACGACCCAUGCUACCACAAUGGUGGUAUAUCAGAGAAAGGCAUUUGGUCCCGAUUUGCCCUCAGCACCACUGGUGGAUCACACCACCAAGCGAAGGUCUUUGCAGUCAACGUCCAGUAUUUAUGACAUACAGGAGUGUUAUGCUCACGGACGAAGGCCCGCGGUAUCUGCAUACGUGAAUCAAGUAGAGAAUAAGUGGUUUGAAGAUGGAAAGGAGUGCUUUAUCGAUGCAAGUCGGAGUGAUGAAGUUUGGCGCUUGAUGCGACUUCAUCCAUCUAGUUUACAGCAAGCCUCCGAGCCCGGCGAUAAUCAACCCGUUCCAGGCUGGAGUGGCUUCAAUGCCAUUCUAUUCCCAGAGAUGGCUUUCGAGAGCAACAUUGGAUACUGCCCAAUGAUAGACGGAAACUCAACCGAGUAUAGUGCCAUAUACACAGUCCUGAAGCAUGCACAGAAGUUAACAUCUGCUCUGGGGCAACAGGACACUGCGGUGACAUUUGACCUUCUCAUUCACAUGAAGGCGAAACAGAUCCAAUGGCGAUAUCCUGAAGAAUUCGCUAAUGUCAUCAUCAGGAUGGGUGGAUUUCACAUAGCCUUGAAUUACCUUGGUUUGGUCGGGAAGAAGUAUCUAGACUCAGGUCUUGAUGACCUUCUCAUUGAAUCUGGAGUAUAUGCUGCGGGGACCACGGCAGCGUUAAUGAAAGGUAAAUCCUACAAUCGAGGUGUAAGGGCCCACAAGUUGGUCUCGGAGGCUAUGUUUCGCCUGAUGUGGUCAGCGUUCGUAGAAUGGUACGCCAGUGCCGAUGAUGUCAGCCUAAAUGAAGAAGAACGUGUUUUACAAUGCAUCAGUGAUGGCGUUCACGCCCUGCAACAGGAUCAAGGUAAUGUUUCUGAGACGGUUGCCCAACUUGGUGACGAUCUACGCGAACUAAGCACCCUAUUCAAGACCUUCAAGGAAAAAACGAGAGCUGCGUCCAAGACGUUCUUAUUCUGGGAACAGUACAUUGAAAUGGUAGAUAUUCUCUUGCAGUUCAUCAAAGCAGAACGGUCUGGAAACUGGGACUUAUAUCUGUCAGCCUUAGCCGAAAUGACACCGCAUUUCUUCGCCAUGGACCGGCCAAACUAUGCGCGAUGGUUACCAG